AUGGGCGGGAGCUGGAACUGCGGCCGCCGGCGCCCCGUUUCCGGACUCUUGGCUGCACACAUCCCGCCUUUGUCUCCGCACUCGGCCGCGCGUGUCGCCGCCGGGCCGCCCCACCAAGCGUUUCCGCUAACCGCGCCUCGCCGGAGGCCGCGGGGUCGCGGGGAGGAAGCAGAGGGUGGAGGGGCGGAUGGUCAGGACGGAGGAAGCGCCGCCGCCCGCUGCGCUUUGGGAAGGCCUGUGCGCCAAGAUAAGGAUGGGGACCAUUGUCUGAGCGCCGCCCAGGAGGCCCGGACCCUGGGAUGUACCGCCCACGCGGACCCGCCUAGUCACCCCACAACAGCCCUUCCAGGACCCAGCCAGCUCAUCCUCCUGUCGCCCAACAGGACCUCGCCAGGUUACCGUACAGCUCACCCCCGGGACACCACCACAUCACCCUCACUCAGCCUAUUCGGAACCCAACAUAGUCAUCCCCACACAACCCACAUGGGAUUUGUCCAAAGUUCUCUCAACAUUGACAGCCUCCUGGUGCCUGCCUUCUACCAAUCCUACAGGAUGUUCAUCAGUGAUCAUUCAGCACAGCAGAGAAAAGAACAUCUCCUUCAUUCAUAAAUCCACUGUUAUAAGCAUGACUGCCUACUGCAUUGUGCUUAUUUCAAAUUGCCUGUCUGUCUUUGCAUAUAAUGCUCCAUAUGAGCAUCUCAAGACUACAUUAAAGGCCUGCUGGAAAACAAAAUGUGUUUCAAUGGACAGAAACUGUAGCACACCUCCCUCCUUGAUAGUUCUUUCUGUUCGCCAUCUUUGAGCUAUUUGUUAACUCUGUAGACUAUAGAUCAGUGAUAGCAAUUCAAAUUCUGUCCUAGUUAGUGAAGAUUGGGCAAAACAUCAUUUCCCAACCCUUAUGAAAAAAAAAUUGUCUCUGUUUACAACUGGUUUCCAAUUCAUUUAUACAGUGUGUAUAUUUGCAAGUAGA